AUGAAAGAGAAGUCCAAAAAUGCUGCCCGGACGAGACGGGAGAAAGAAAACAGCGAAUUCUAUGAACUGGCCAAGCUGCUGCCUUUGCCCUCGGCCAUCACCUCGCAGCUGGACAAGGCCUCCAUCAUCCGGCUCACCACCAGCUAUCUCAAAAUGCGCGUGGUUUUCCCAGAAGGACUUGGAGAAGCCUGGGGCCAUUCCAGUCGCACCAGCCCUUUGGACAACGUUGGGCGGGAGCUGGGAUCCCAUCUCUUGCAGACCUUGGACGGUUUCAUCUUUGUGGUGGCUCCAGAUGGCAAGAUAAUGUACAUCUCCGAGACCGCCUCCGUUCAUUUGGGCUUGUCGCAGGUAGAGCUGACCGGCAACAGUAUCUACGAGUACAUCCACCCAGCCGACCACGACGAGAUGACGGCUGUCCUCACCGCCCACCAGCCCUACCAUUCCCACUUCGUUCAGGAGUACGAGAUUGAGCGCUCCUUUUUCCUAAGGAUGAAAUGCGUCUUGGCCAAGAGGAACGCGGGCCUCACCUGCGGAGGAUACAAGGUCAUUCAUUGUAGUGGUUACCUCAAGAUCCGUCAGUACAGCCUCGACAUGUCGCCCUUCGAUGGCUGCUACCAGAACGUCGGCUUGGUGGCCGUGGGCCACUCGCUGCCCCCCAGCGCCGUGACGGAGAUCAAGCUGCACAGCAAUAUGUUCAUGUUCCGCGCCAGCCUGGACAUGAAGCUCAUCUUCCUCGAUUCCAGGGUAGCUGAGCUGACCGGCUACGAGCCUCAGGACCUGAUCGAGAAGACCCUCUACCACCACGUCCACGGCUGCGACACCUUCCACUUGCGCUGCGCUCAUCAUCUGCUGCUAGUGAAGGGGCAAGUCACCACUAAAUACUACCGCUUCCUGGCCAAGCAAGGUGGCUGGGUCUGGGUGCAGAGUUACGCCACCAUCGUUCACAAUAGCCGAUCUUCGAGGCCUCACUGCAUCGUUAGCGUCAACUAUGUGCUCACGGAUACAGAAUACAAAGGCCUACAGCUCUCAUUGGAUCAAGUUUCAGCAACAAAGCCUUCAUUCCCAUAUGCCAGCUCCACUCCAACUAUAACUGACAAUAGAAAAGGAAGCAAAUCACGUCUCUCAAGUACUAAGUCAAAGCCUAGGACAUCACCAUACCCACAGUAUUCUGGAUUUCAUACAGAAAGAUCUGAAUCUGACCAUGAAAGCCAAUGGGGUGGAAGUCCACUGACUGACACUGCUUCUCCACAAUUAAUGGAUCCUGCUGAAAGGCCAAACUCCCAGCAUCAUGAUGUCUCCUGUGCCUAUAGACAAUACUCAGACCGUGGUUCUCUCUGCUAUGGCUUUGCACUUGACCACUCUAGGGUGGCUGAUGAGAGACACUUCCAUACGCAGGCCUGUGAAGGUGGCAGGUGUGAGGCUGGCCGAUACUUCCUUGGCACACCACAGUCUGGAAGGGAAACAUGGUGGGGUUCUCGAUCUGGCCUUCCCCUGACCAAAUCUUCUCCUGAGAGCAGAGAAACCUAUGAGAACAGCAUGCCUCAUAUAACUUCCAUUCACCGGAUUCAUGGAAGAGGGCAUUGGGAUGAAGACAGUGUUGUUAGCUCCCCAGACCCUGGUUCUGCUAGUGAAUCAGGUGACCGAUACCACUCUGAGCAGUAUCAGGGCAGCCCACAUGAGCCUAGCAAAAUCGAAACUUUAAUAAGAGCGACUCAGCAAAUGAUUAAAGAAGAAGAAAACAGGCUACAAUUACGGAAAUCGACCCCCAAUCAGCUGGUUUCAAUUAACGGAGCAGGAAAAAAACACUCUGUUUGUUUUGCAAACUACCACCAGCAGCAGCAGCUGAGAGGAGACGUCUGCCGGGUCCCUAGCAUUACCAACACGUCUCCCUGUGAACACACGCAGCAACGAGAUGGGAAGAUGAUGAGCCCUCAUGAAAAUGACUAUGACAACAGCCCCACAACGCUGUCUAGAAUAAGCAGCCCUAAUUCUGACCGGAUUUCCAAAUCAAGUUUGAUACUAGCUAAAGACUACCUGCACCCAGACAUGUCCCCUCAUCAAACUCCAGGGGAUAACCCAGCAGGUUCCCCAAACUAUUUUAGUUCUCAUAGGCAGUACUUUGAUAAGCAUGCAUACACAUUAACGGGAUAUGCCCUGGAGCACCUUUAUGAUAGUGAAACUAUUAGAAACUAUUCUUUGGGUUGCAAUGGAUCACAUUUUGAUGUGACUUCUCACCUACGGAUGCAGCAAGAUCCAGCCCAGGGACACAAGGGGACAUCCGUUAUAAUAACAAAUGGAAGCUGA